AAAAUAAAAACGAAACUUCGUUUUUGCACAGAAGCCAAGUAACAUAGCUAAUUUCCAUUUCACUCCACAGCUUCUUGUAUCUUCCACUCAAACUCUUAUUUUCUCUCUGCAAAUUCUUCCUCCACCUCAAGCUUCCCAUCAUGGCGUCUGCAUCAUCCGGUCGCGGCUCCAAGGGCUUCGAUUUCGCUUCCGACGACAUCCUCUGCUCCUACGAAGACUUUCCUAACCAGGACUCUUCUAACGGCACUCACGAUGACCCCGCCAAGGAUUUUCACAAAUCAAGGAUGGCAAGGACAUCAAUAUUUCCUGAUACUGCUUAUAAUUCGCCUGAAGAUUCUAUAAGCCAAGAUGUGAUUGCAGCUGUUGAGAAGAGCAUGAAAAAAAAUGCUGACAACCUUAUGCGGUUUCUUGAAGGAAUUAGUUCAAGGCUAUCACAGUUGGAAUUAUAUUGUUACAAUAUUGACAAAUCAAUUGGAGAAAUGCGAUCUGAUUUAAACACUGACCACGGGGAGGCAGAGUUAAAGCUCAAUUCUCUUGAGAAACACAUUCAGGAAGUACACAGAUCUGUACAAAUUUUGAGAGACAAGCAAGAGCUAGCCGAUACUCAGAAGGAGUUAGCCAAGCUUCAGUUAGUUCAGAAAGAAUCAUCCUCCACAAGCCAUUCACAUUCCAACGAGGAGAGGUCUUCGCCUUCUGCCACUGAGCCAAAAAGAACUGAUAAGCCCCAGCCUGCCCCAGCUCCGGCCCCAAAUGUAGCACCAGCCACUCAACAACCAUCUUAUUACAUGCCACCCACUCCUUUGCCCAAUCUGCCAUCUGUGGCCCAAGUUCCCCAGAAUCAAUAUUUGCCCUCUGAUCAGCAGUAUAGAACUACGCAACCAACAUCAUCGCAAGCAACACAAUCUCUGUCUAUGCAACAAUAUUCUCAGUAUCAGCAACCACAGCUGCCACAGCCGCAGCAGCAGUGGCCUCAGCAGGUGCAACCUCCGCAACCACCUCCAAUGCAGUCACAGAUGAGACCCCCUUCAACCAAUGUUUACACUCCUUACCUGCCAAACCAUGCUACAAAUCCCUCUCCCUCGGAAACACUACCAAACAGCAUGCCAAUGCAAAUGCCAUAUUCCGGAAUUCCACCUGCAGCUUCCGGCAGUAGCGAUGCCAUGCCGUAUGGAUACAGCAGAGCUGGUAGAACAGGUCCGCAGCAACCACUUCCGCCGCAAAUCAAAAGUUCUUUUCCAGGACAACCAGGUGAUCCAUAUGGAACAAGUGCUACUCAUGCCGCGCCCCCUCCUACUAGUGCAUACAUGAUCUAUGAUAGUGAGGGAGGAAGAACACAUCCUCCCCCACAACCACCUCAUUUUGCUCAAGCUGGAUACCCUCCAUCGAGUGCUUCGCUUCAGAACCCUGCACCACAUAACCUCAUGGUCCGGAAUCCUAGCCAGACACAAUAUAUUCGUGGCCAUCCCUACAGCGACUUGAUCGAGAAGUUGAUGAACAUGGGAUUUAGAGGUGAUCAUGUGGCAGGGGUGAUCCAGAGGAUGGAGGAAAGUGGGCAGCCUGUAGAUUUUAACUCGGUACUUGACCGGUUGAAUGUGCAUAGUUCUGUUGGUCCCCAGAGGGCAUGGUCAGGGUAAAGAACUUUGUAUACCAUGUCUUGUUUCAUCAAUGCAACGAUGAUGUCAAAGUUGACCCUUACCUCCUUCAAACUUGGCAUGCCCUAUACAAUCAUGUCGUGUUUUAUUAUGCAUGAAUAAACCUUUAAUGUACUAUUAUGCACGGUGUUAUUGCAUAUAUUUUGUUCAGAUAUGAGAAAUUUGUUGUGUAAGAUAAAAUUUCAAUUUAGUGAAGGGAAGUAGAUGUUGACAUCUAUGCAAAAUAGUUUUAGACAUGAGAAAAUAGAGCGAUGGAUAGACAAAUCCAAAAUUCUAAUGUACUUGUGUAUA